CUCAUAUCCUCCUCCUCCUCCUUCCUCAUCUCCAUUCCCUUCUUCUCUCUGCAGCUGAAAAUGCCACAAAUCUUACCAGAUUUCUCUAGCUCUGUCAAGCUCAAGUAUGUCAAGCUUGGGUAUCAGUACCUUGUCAACCACAUUCUCACCUUCUUGCUCAUACCCAUCAUGGCCGCUAUUGUUGUCGAGGUCCUCCAAUUAGGUCCAGAAGAAAUAAUAAACAUAUGGAAUUCCCUCCAUUUCGACCUAGUCCAGGUCUUAUGUUCUUUUUUCCUUAUCAUCUUCAUAGCCACUGUGUACUUCAUGUCCAAACCUCGUUCAAUCUACCUCGUCGACUACGCCUGUUACAAGCCUCCAGUCACUUGUCGCGUACCAUUCUCAACGUUCAUGGAACACUCGAGGCUGAACCUUAUAGACAACCCGAAAAGUGUAGACUUUCAAAUGAGAAUUCUUGAACGUUCAGGGCUUGGAGAAGAGACAUGUUUGCCUCCGGCGAUUCACUAUAUCCCUCCAAAACCCACCAUGGCAGCAGCUAGAGGUGAAGCAGAGCUUGUUAUUUUCUCCGCUAUUGAUUCUCUGAUGGAGAAAACUGGUGUUAAACCGAAAGACAUCGAUAUUUUGAUAGUGAAUUGUAGUCUGUUUUCACCCACUCCUUCCUUGUCAGCAAUGGUGGUGAACAAGUACAAGCUGAGGAGUAAUAUAAAGAGUUAUAAUCUUUCUGGUAUGGGUUGUAGUGCUGGCUUGAUCUCCAUGGAUUUGGCCCGAGACCUUCUUCAAGUUCAUCCAAAUUCGUAUGCUCUUGUUGUUAGUACUGAGAUCAUCACACCCAACUAUUAUCAAGGAAAAGAAAGAGCUAUGCUUCUUCCAAAUUGUCUUUUUCGGAUGGGAGGUGCUGCGAUGUUGUUAUCAAACAAGAGGCGUGAAAGGACUCGAGCCAAGUACCGAUUAGUCCAUGUGGUUCGAACCCACAAAGGUGCAGACGAUAAGUCCUUCCGGUGUGUUUAUGAAGAAGAAGACCCACAAGGAAAAGUUGGGAUCAAUCUCUCAAAAGACCUAAUGGUCAUCGCCGGCGAAGCUUUGAAGUCCAACAUCACCACGAUCGGACCUCUAGUCCUUCCGGCGUCGGAGCAGCUCCUCUUCCUCUUCACACUCAUCGGCCGGAAAAUCUUCAACCCCAAAUGGAAGCCCUACAUUCCUGACUUCAAACAAGCUUUUGAACACUUCUGCAUCCAUGCCGGAGGGAGAGCUGUGAUCGACGAGCUCCAGAAGAACCUCCAGUUGUCUGCUGAACACGUUGAGGCCUCAAGAAUGACACUGCACCGAUUCGGUAACACUUCUUCUUCUUCAUUAUGGUAUGAACUGAACUAUAUCGAGUCCAAGGGAAGGAUGAAGAAAGGAGAUAGGGUUUGGCAGAUAGCUUUUGGAAGUGGGUUUAAGUGUAACAGUGCAGUUUGGAAGUGUAAUCGCACCAUUAGAGCACCAAUUGAUGGGCCAUGGCAAGACUGCAUUGAUAGGUACCCAGUUCACAUCCCAGAGAUUGUGAAGCUAUGAAGUUUUUUAAAUGGGUAUUGAUAGGGUUCAUAUUUAUUGAUGUUGGUAUGUAGUUGUUUGUCAAUUAGUUAUUUCCAUCUGCCAAAUGUGGUGUGAGAAAAUUCUGCAUUGCAUUUAGUUCUGCGUCAUAAGAUGUUUAUUGUUGUGCCCUAAAAACUGUAAUUUUCAGAGAUACCCAUCAAGAAAUAUUAUGUAUGUAUGUAUGUACGUAUCAUUUGUAAAACCCUAUAAAUGAAUCAAGAUGUAUACAAAAGACUGUUCUUGGAU